AUCCCCGCGCAUGCGCACUGGAGGCCCCUCGAUGGCGGCGCCCGAGGAGACGCUGAGGAGGCGGAAGGCGGGGAGCUCGGGCCCCGAGUCUGGGGCUCCGCCGGGGCCAGGGCGCGACCCCACAGGCUGCCCCGCUCGCCUCCGCACGGGCACUUUCUGGCUGACCAGGAUCGUGCUCCUGAGGGCCCUCGCUUUCAUUUACUUCGUGGCCUUCCUGGUGGCCCUGCAGCAGAACAAGCCGCUGAUCGGAGACCGCGGCCUGCUGCCCUGCAGGGCGUACCUGGAGAGCGUCCGCCGGUACUUCCGGGGCCGCGGGGCCUGGGACGCCGUCAGCUACGCGCCCACCGUGCUCUGGCUGCUGGACUGGUCGCGCAUGGACGCCAACCUGGACGCCCUCGCUCUGCUCGGAUUGGGCGCCUCGUCUUUCGUCCUGGUCACCGGCUGUGCCAACAUGGCGCUCAUGGCCGCUCUCUGGGUCCUCUACAUGUCCCUGGUCAGCGUGGGCCAGGUCUGGUAUUCGUUUGGAUGGGAGUCCCAGCUUCUGGAGACGGGAUUCCUGGGAAUCUUCCUGUGCCCUCUUUGGACUCUGUCUCGACUGCCCACGGGGACCCCCCCGUCCCAGAUCGUUCUGUGGGGCUUUCGGUGGCUGAUUUUCAGAAUCAUGCUCGGAGCAGGCCUCAUCAAGAUCCGGGGGGACCAGUGCUGGCGGGACCUCACCUGCAUGGACUUCCACUACGAGACGCAGCCGGUGCCCAACCCCGCGGCCUAUUUCCUGCACCAGUCCCCGUGGUGGGCCCACCGCUUUGAGACGCUCAGCAACCACUUCCUGGAGCUCGUGGUGCCUUUCUUCGUCUUCCUUGGACGGCGGCUGUGCAUCGUCCACGGGGCCUUACAGAUCCUGUUCCAGGUGGUCCUUGUCAUCAGCGGGAACCUGAGCUUCCUGAACUGGCUGACCAUGGUGCCCAGCAUCGCCUGCUUUGAUGACGCCGCUCUGGGGUUCUGGUUUCCCUCCAGGCCUGGAGGCCUCAAGGACCAAGUCCUGAAGAUGCAGGAGGAGGCUGCCCGAGGGGCCCGGCCCACCCUGAGAUACGGCUGCAUGGUGCGGCGGGCGGUGCAUGUGGCGCUAGGCAUCCUGGUGGCCUGGCUCAGUGUCCCUGUGGUCCUCAACCUGCUGAGUCCCACGCAGGUCAUGAACACCUCCUUCAACUCUCUGCGGAUCGUCAACACAUACGGCGCCUUCGGAAGCAUCACCAAGGAGCGCACAGAGGUCAUCCUGCAGGGCACGGCCAGCCCCAACGCCAGCGCGCCGGACGCUGUGUGGGAGGACUAUGAGUUCAAGUGCAAGCCGGGUGACCCGGGGCGGCGGCCGUGCCUCAUCUCCCCAUACCACCACCGCCUGGACUGGCUCAUGUGGUUUGCAGCCUUCCAGACCUAUGAGCACAACGAAUGGAUUAUCCACCUGGCAGGCAAGCUCCUGGCCAAUGACAGGGGAGCUCUGUCCCUACUGGCCUUCAACCCUUUCCAGGACAGGGCCCCCCCCAGGUGGGUCCGGGGAGAGCACUACAGGUACAAGUUCAGCCGCCUGGGGGGCCAGCACGCUGCGGCAGGCAGGUGGUGGGUCCGGAAGAGGAUCGGCCCCUACUUCCCCCCACUCAGCCUCCGAGACCUGGAGGGCUACUUCCGGUCCCGGGACUGGCCACUCCCCAAACCGGAGUAGGGGCGGCCCCGGGCCUGUGCGUGGAGGAAUAAAGCAGGGAGGCCCGGCCACCUCGGUGAGGCCUCGUGUGCCCGGGCACUGCUGCUGCUCCCGGUCGUCCUCAGAAGCAGGCUCACACAGGAGGGGGUCCCGGGGCAACUCGUGCUGGCCUCCCGAGUCAGUCCACGGGCCGGCACGUCCCCUCCCUUACAGACGGGGUUCACCAUGGAGCGCCCGCCCCCAGUCCCGUCCCUGGUCACCAGUACCGCCCUGACCCCGCCGAGUCCACCAGCACCAGGGCGCUAACCCCAUCACGUGCCGGCAGGGCCUCAGGGAAGCUGCCCCUCCCUGCCUGUGC